GUCCAAUAAGGCAAAUAAAUCAAAGCCCAGACAAAAAAUAAUAUGGCACGAGGCUGCUUUCACUCUGUCAGUCAGAGUCAGCGCAUGAUAAUAGUAAAAAGAAGAUCGAGGGUGAAGAUUAGAAAGGAAACUGUAGAGUUGGUCUAAGCUGAGGUGUUAGUAAGGACUAAGGAGAGCAAGAGAAAGUGACUGCCCUACCGAUUCGGUUAUUAGCUUACCAGUACCACUACUCUCCGGCCGCCGGUCGAAUCCAAUCCAAUCCAGUCCAGGUAGUAACCGAGGGAGUGGGAAGGUCGACAGUCAAAGUCAAAGAGAGUGAAGAGUGGAGGAGAGGAUAGUGUCGAUUAUUGACACGUAACCUAAAAUCUCGCCUUUCGGGGUUUCUAUUUCCCUUCUUUGAUUCAAUUAUAGAGGAUGAGAGUUGCAGUUUCAGUGGGAGUGUCAACACCACCGGUCGCAACCAUGAGGUCCUCCUGUACCAGAAGAAUCAUGGCGGUUUCUUACCGCUUCGUCUCAAUGCACAUGGCUGCGGCUCCUCUUUCUCGCACUCUGAGUACGGAGAGUGUUGCCGCCCGCCUCACCAGCGCCGGCCUCCUGCGCACCAAGGGCCUCAUCGGACCCAAUUGGAUUGAUGCCCGUGAUGGCAAAACCAUGCCCGUUCACAAUCCGUCGACCGGUGAAGUGAUCGCGGAUGUUCCAUUCAUGGGAAGCAAAGACACCGAAGAUGCUAUCUCCUCUGCCUACGAUGCCUUCCCUGCUUGGAGCAAGCUCACCGCCACUGAAAGGAGCCAACUUUUGCGCAAAUGGUACGACCUACUCAUGGCCAACAAAGAAGAGAUUGGGCAGCUAAUUACCUUGGAGCAAGGCAAGCCUCUCAAAGAAGCCAUUGGCGAGGUCAAUUACGGAGCCAGUUUCAUCGAGUACUUUGCCGAGGAAGCAAAACGUGUAUACGGAGACAUAAUCCCACCAACACUUAAUGAUCGUCGCAUUCUAGUCCUUAAGCAGCCUGUUGGUGUUAUUGCAGCAAUUACUCCUUGGAACUUCCCUUUGGCUAUGAUUACUAGGAAGGUUGGUCCUGCUCUUGCAUGUGGCUGCACAGCAGUGAUUAAGCCUUCUGAACUAACACCUUUCACAGCCUUAGCAGCAGUUGAGCUGGCUCUUCAGGCUGGAAUUCCCCCGGGUGUCCUUAAUGUUGUUAUGGGAGAUGCUCCUGCUAUUGGAGAUGCGCUGAUGGCCAGCACUCGGGUUAGAAAGAUCACAUUCACUGGGUCAACAGCUGUGGGAAAGAAGUUGAUGGCAGGUGCUGCUGGGACUGUCAAAAAGGUCUCUUUGGAACUUGGUGGUAAUGCACCCUGUAUAAUAUUUGAUGAUGCGGACCUGGAUGUUGCUGUUAAAGGAACUCUUGGAUCAAAGUUCCGCAACAGUGGGCAAACAUGUGUUUGUGCGAAUAGAAUACUUGUACAAGAUGGUAUCUAUGAUAAAUUUGCUGCUGCUUUCUCCAAAGCUGUUCAGAAUUUGCAAGUUGGUGAUGGUUUUAGUGAAGGUGCAACCCAGGGUCCACUGAUUAAUGAUGCUGCAAUACAAAAGGUUGAAUCAUUUGUACAAGAUGCCGUCUCAAAGGGAGCAGAUGUUCUUCUUGGUGGCAAAAGGCAUAGCCUUGGGAGGACAUUCUAUGAACCAACUGUACUGGGAAAUAUCAGUAGUGACAUGAUUGUCUCGAGAGAGGAAGUAUUUGGACCAGUGGCCCCGCUGAUGCGGUUCAAAACAGAGGAGGAAGCUAUUAGCAUUGCUAAUGACACCAAUGCAGGUUCGAUAAGUAGCAUCCCUUUUGGGUCUCGAUUAGAUAAAGAGCUACAUCUGCAUUACAUUUCUUGUUUGGGGUUGGAAAAUGUAGGAUUGGCUGCAUAUAUAUUUACAACGAAUGUUCAACGAUCAUGGCGUGUUACCGAAGCUCUCGAGUAUGGACUUGUUGGUGUUAAUGAAGGAGUAAUUUCGACAGAGGUUGCUCCAUUUGGAGGAGUGAAACAGUCUGGUCUUGGGCGGGAAGGUUCCAAGUAUGGGAUGGACGAAUAUCUGGAGAUGAAAUAUGUGUGCUUGGGAGAUAUGAACAGGAAAUGAUUGCACCCACCAUCCUUCAAAGGAAGGGAGCAGUUGGAAUGUGGGUUGUGGAAGCAGCCAAUAUCAACCCGAAGGCAGCUUUGCAUUUUCGGUCAAGGUCCGGGAGAGUGAGAAACUGCAUGUUGUUUGAAGCUUAAGCCAGCCUUGUGAUUUAUCUUUUGGUCUUUUGUCUUUUUGGGUUGUCUUUCGGUCUGUGUAGGAGACAAUGAACACAAGUUUGUUGGAGCCUGGAGGCCUUGGCCUGUGUGAAAUAAGUAGGACUAGGCAAACCUCUUCUUCUAGUCUUAGCCAGCCUCUUUUCCGAUUGAGGGACAACAGGGUACCCGAAACUUUGCGUUGGUUAGGUCGUUUGGUCUCUUAUCUUACCGGCGAGGUUUAUUGAAUGGGCUUGGGAUGCUGCUCGUUAAAUUGUGCUACGAUAUAUGCGCUUGUCUCGUCUGUUGGAGUGGGCCUCUAAAGUGUAACCAUCACAUAUUUGAAUGGAUCAACUUGUUUUUAUUUCAAGGCACCCGAGCUAUUUUAUCCAACCUCACUCACUUCUUGCC